AUCUCCCUCACCACGCCAAAACAUGUCUCACACAACAGACCCUGUUGGCCACUGGGAAGACCUCGAAACCUGGCUAAGUGUUGCAACAGACAGCCUCCUACCUAAGGCUGCUGAAACACUGAGGCAUCAGACACAAGACCAGCUGGAUGACAACAUAGCAAACCUCAUGAAACAAGACCCAAGUCAGAGCUACAGUCACAAAGAAUUAGCAAAGAUCACCGGCUCCUUAAGCCACACACUCAUCGCCACCCUCAAGCUGAGUGACAGGCACGCCGCCCAUCUCCAGCAGGAGCUAACACGCGCACAACGACGCGUCAAGCAGCUAGAACUGGAGGCUCAGGAACGACAGGAAGGGCAUGAGGAAGUGGAACAAGGCGCCGAGGAGGAGAUCACUAGGCUAAAAGAAACCCUAGCAACCGCUAUCCAAGAAAUGGAACGAGGCAAGGCUGACCACGCUGAUCUCUCCAGCAAGCUGCAAUAUGCCGAACAGCUCCUGGAAAAGGCAAAGGCCGACUUCAGAGACAAGAACAGCCGAAUUAAAGCCCUUGAAGCUCACCUGGAUGAGUCAAAAAACGAGAUCAGUCGCUUAACACUACAGUUGGACUACAUCAAAGAGAAGUCCGACAACAUCAGAGAGGAACUCAGACAUGCCUACGAACUGACACAUGAGCAAAAGGGGGAGGGGGCAGUGCUGAAACAUUCACCGACUCCCUCUGAAGAACCUUACCUCACGACAAAGCUAAGAGAACUUGCUCCAGCCAGCCACAGAGCAUUGCAUGGCUUGGACCUCAAAGAUCUCGACAAGCUCGCCAGAAACAUUGGCAAAUUCACCCCAAGUGUGCCAGGUAGCCAGGAUGUCCAAGCUUAUCUGCAAGACGUCGAUUUCCAUCUUGAAAUGAGGCUCAAUGUCACGGACAAAGAUAGACUCUAUUUGCUCCGAACAACAGCCAGCCCUGACGUACGCAGUUUCCUGGACAGGCAGCCUGCUCACACAAAGGCUGACUACCACCUCCUCCGAGAGGCCCUCAUUAAAGAAUUUGCCGACCCUGAGUCAGAACAAGGACUAGUGGCUGCCCUGAAGACGAGACAAGGACGUCAUGAAUCUCCUCAAGCCUACUACAGCCGACUCAGACGAGCAUACUUCGGAACUCACAACGAACCGAACAUGGAAGAGGAUCUAAACUUCAAAACUCUCUUCCUGAGAAACCUCCAUCCCGGAGUAAGCCACCAUCUGGGCGUUCUCGCAUGUCCUCGGACAAUGAAUGCUCAACAGUUGCGUGACUUGGCACAGAAAGCCUACGGCAAACAAAAGAUGGCCUCAGAAAAGGGCGCCAAAACCCCAACAGUUCAUGACUUCAACACUCAAAGUCAAGGUCUGGCUCUAGAGGGCGCCCAACAUCAAGACCAUGCCAAGCCACCACACAAAGAGUGGAACACACCCUCGCUUAACAGAGAACGAGACUCCCAUGCUGGUACCCGACCUAAACAGAGGAACAACCGCUGGGAUGGACCGCGUGGACGACAACAGUCACCUGGACGUCACUGGGAAAAAUCUUGGGACCAAUCCAGACCUCGUGAGAAUCAAUGGAACAGAUCGUGGAAUCAGCCAAACUCGUUCGGAAACUCAAGAGGAAAAGGCUCAUGGGAAUCCAACGGAACCUCCAAGGGAAAACGACAGACACACCCUGGAGCACCCAGUCCAAGGAAUCAACGAAGAAACUCGCAAAGAUUCCAAGCUGACCAAGCUCAAACUGAAUCCACACAAGAACAAAACACAUCACCGUGUUUCGACUCACAAGAGCUAAUGAAAAUGAUGAUGAAAGAGUUCUUCCACCAAAAGGAGGAGGACCGGAAGUGGGAAAAGAAAGAGAAACCAGAGUCAGCCUGACUAGCAGUCAGAAGAGAAGGCAGCGACCAGCUGACCCAACCAGCCACAAAGAAC